GCGGAGAUUCGGACUCCGGAGUUAUUAGUUAAAUUAGUCAAUAAGUCCAUUCACGUGAUCACUCUCGGAAGUUCGGUGAUGACUCAGCAUGCGCGGGUCCAUCAGUCCCGAUCUGGACUUGGCCUCGUCCAACGUCCUGCCAUCCCCCUCAGACUUCUUACCAUGGUGUAACCCACGAUGCUCGUUGCCAGAGAAUUGAACACUGUCUGCCGUCUGUCCCUGCGGUGAGUGGCCAUUGGAGACUCGCCGUACGAGCGCCUGCUUUGCCCACAAGUACUAUUCUGGCAACCCCUCACGCGAUCUCCGCAUCAGGCCGUCCUCCCCCAGACUUUGAACACCCACCGCACGAGCAGGCACCCCAAUCAAGAUGAAGGCAUCGGAACAAGGCCCCAUUAGGCGAUACUCCUCCACACAGCACUACCAUACUUUUGAUACGCCUCCUCCAAAGUCCCGGGGCCGCCCCAACUCAGGCCAAUCAGGCUCGUCCGCGGAGGACUCGGCAGAUCUACACAACGAUGGAGACGAUCACUCGGGCGCGCAGUCGCCUUUGCCGAAGAAGCAGAUGGCGGUUUUGGCGAUAAUUGCGCUGUCGGAGCAGACAGCACUCAAUUCAAUCAGCCCCUAUCUACCGGACAUGGCAUCGACGUUUCCAGAGGUGAAUGCGAGUGAAGUCGGUGUCUAUGUGGGGACCAUCGCUUCGGCCUUUGCCUGUGCGCAGUUUGUCACCAACUAUUUCUGGGGUUGGCUGUCGGAUCGGAUCGGGCGCAAGCCGGUGAUCAUGCUUGGCACUGUUUUGACAGCCGCAUGCUUCGUGGCGUUUGGGUUUUGCAGGACACUGUGGCAGGCUAUCCUUGUGCAAGCUCUCAUGGGUGUCGUGAAUGGGAACCAGGGUCUCGUCUCGACCUGCCUCGGCGAGAUCACGGACCGCAGCAACCAGUCCAAGGCGUUUACCUAUCUUCCCGUGCUGUACGGCCUCGGAGGUAUCACCGGCCCUCUUCUCGGCGGUCUUUUGAUCUUCAAACAGAAUCCAUUCAACCCAGACCAGCCGAAUCCUUAUCCGUACCUGCUACCGAACUUGCUGUCGGCGGCUAUUCUGCUCCUGGACUUUGUCAUCACGGCGAUCUUUCUCGACGAGAGUCUGGAAGAUGCGAGUACACUUCCUCGAAUACGCCAGAGAUUCCGCGCCUUGUUCAGCUGGCUCUGGCAGUUCACCGGUUUUGCUAGGCAUCCGAGUUAUCUCAGAAGCAAUCAGCCCGCCCCGUAUCGCCGUCUGCGCCGGGAUACCGACGAGAGCAUCACGGAUCAUGACAGCGAGCUGGACUCGGCCUCAGAGCCCGACGACGAAGACUGCGGCCACGAGGAACUGACCCGCGACGAGAUUUUCAACCGGGAUACCAUUCUGCUUCUUCUGACCUACCUCAUCUUCGCGCUGUGCAACGUCUCCUUUGCCUCGCUCUACCCAAUCUUUGCGCAAGCUCCGCCGCCAUCGGGUCGUGCCCUGACCCCGUCGGAGAUCGGCCUCUCCCAGGGUUUCGCUGGCGUGGUCACCAUCAUCUUCCAGAUCUGUAUCUUCGGCAAGCUCCGAGACAAGAUGGGCAAUAAAUGGUCCUACCGCACGGGUCUCUUCGGUUUCACCAUUUCCUUCCUCCUCAUGCCCUUCAUCGGCUACAAGGGAGACGAUGAAAAGGGAAUCUCGACCAAGUCCGCUCUCCUGGCUAUCGAGCUCUGCUUCGUUUUGCUCGUCAAGACCGUCGCUUCUGUCGGGGGGUUGACCAGCGCUCUCCUGUUGGUUACGAAUUCUGCCCCCAACCACGCCGUCCUUGGCGCGCUGAACGGUCUCGCCCAAACCCUGUCUGCAGCCGGCCGAACCGUUGGACCCUUCCUAUCCGGCGGUCUCUUCUCCCUUACUUCCAAUGUCCAACCGAAAGGCGAGGCCUUGGCGUUUGGGGUCUUUGGUGCCGUCUCCUUCAUUGGUUUCCUCCUCAGUUUCGGAAUUCAAGGCCGCUCCCUAGAAGCAGAAGGUUGGGCUAGUGGUGACGACGACGACGACGAGAAUUUCAAAUCAGAUGACGAGGAAAGUGUAUAAAACCCAAACCCACCCCAGAAGAGAAAUCGUUCCUUUUUAGCUCGAUUUUAUGAUGUGAUGAUGAACAAUUUCAACUAUUAUUAGAUAAAGAGAGAGAGAGAGGCAUAGCCAAAGGUGUCUGGCAGAGAGAGACGCUUGCGUGGUUGAGUUGGGCUGUUAUAUAAACGAUGCAUGUUUAUUCUCGGCGCUUGAUACAAAAUGAUUAUCGAAUGUCGAUGUGUACUGUCAGUUAAGCGGG